UUUUUCAUUUCUUUUGUUCUUUUCCUUCAGCCCAGCCGUCUCUCGAUUUCUCUGGACCAGCAACCUCUCAAGUCUCAUCUUAAGCCGCCGCCCAACCCGCAAGCCCUUCCCCUCCGCCAUUGCCAGCCUCGUCUCAAUCUCAUCUCAGUUUUUUAGUGUCUCCUUCAACCUCUCUCUCAUCUCAGUCUCGGCUUUCGUUUCUACACAAACGACCUUCAACCUCAAGCUCGCCGCUCCUGCCUAUAAAGAGUAAAGCCUUAACAUACCUAAAAGACGCUUUUGCUUUUCCAGUGCCGCCUCUCUCUAUCUUUGGAGUUUGGAGUUCUUAGGCUGUCACCAUUUUUGGGUAUCUAACAAGGAAGAAAGUUAGCUUUGAAGAAUUGUGAACGAAGACUUCAGUAAUCCAGUUCAGCUGGGGAAGAGUAUAAGAGUGAAAAAAAAAUGCCUCUUUAUGAUUGCAUGCUUCUGUUGAAACCUCAUGUAAGAAAGGAAGCAUUGAUGGAUUUGGUUGCUCGAGUGGGAAAACAUGUUUACGGUAGAAAUGGAGUUCUUACUGAUAUAAAAUCAUUUGGUACCAUUCAACUGGGUUACGGUAUUAAGAAGCUUGAUGGAAGAUAUUAUCAGGGUCAACUCAUGCAGAUGACAAUGAUGGCCACACCCAACAUCAACAAGGAGCUGCAUUACCUAAACAAGGAGGACCGCCUGUUGCGAUGGCUUCUUGUUAAACACCGAGACACAACAGAUGGGCUGGAAUUUCUAGAAGAAGAUAAUGACAAAGAGGAGUUGGGUCUCAGUGAAAUUUUAUUGAGCGAUGAAGAAGAAGAAGAAGAAGAAGAAGAAGAUGAUGACGACGACGACGACGACGACGAUGAAUAUGUGGACAGUGAGAACGAUGACGGCCAAGAGGAACAGAAGGAGCAAUGAGUAAAUGGAGUACAAGAUUUUGGGUCACCUUUAUAUUAGGACUUAAUUGAAUCUUUGUUAGUUUUUGCUGAUUUAUUCUGUGUUUGAGCUUUGCAUGCAGGGGAGCAAUGAAACUAUAUUUUGAUAAAUUAAGUGUACUAGAUCUGUGAAUUGUGGUGCAGGUGAUGUGCUGACUCAGCAUUUGGCUAAUUGAAUCAAAGAUGAGUCUCAUUAGAUUGCUUGAUUUUA